UAACAGACACGUUGAUCUAACGAGCAGCAAAUUAUUGAUUUUAAACAAUAAUGUACUAAAUCGUUACAGAAAUCAAAAACAAAAAAUUAUUAAUAUUAGAAACUUUGGAAAAUUAUUAUGAAGUCGAUUGAGCCGAUCGUUUUGUGUUUAUUAUUUGCGGAGGUCGCAGUGUCUGUUGAUAUAAAGUUUUCUGAUUCUUCAGCUAUAAAUAAUUCUUCAAUUUCUCAUGUUCACACGUUACAAUUACUGGAGUUAUGUUUUCCUGAUCGAAUGAACCCGGUGGCAGUCAGUUCUAAUUUGACGGAUAUCAUUUACGAAAUCAAGAAAAAUGAACAAACAAACUCAUCUGUUCUUGCAAUUGAUGAAAAUUUAUUUCUAUCAGAUGUCAGCGUUAAUACAGAAGAAACGAAAAAAUUUAUUGGACACAAUUCAUAUCCGAGCUAUAUUUUAUCUGCUGAUUCCCUCGAUGUACUUGAAAAUAUUCUUACCGACAUCGACCAGUGGGAUCCUUGGAACAGCGAGCGGGUCGUUUUCGCGAUUGGAAAGCAGUGCAGCGAUGCAUUGGCGACACUUAAAUGUCUGUGGCACUUCAAAGUGCUGUUAUCAUAUUUCACAUGUCCAAACAGAUUCAACAACGAUACGAUCGUCUACACAUUUAAUCCGUACGCAGAUCAAGCACCCAAACCAUGGAGGAAAGUCAACGCACCGGACAAACCACCUGAUCCAUGGACACUCUACAGAAUGUCAUUCGUAAACGAUGAAAAGACUUGUUCUAGUGUGGCGUUUGACAAAACUGCACAUAUAGAAAACCACAAACUUCAAUCGUGGUACAAUCAUAUAGCGUUUAAUAGAACGGAAUUAAUUUAUCAGGUGAUAUUAUCAGCAAUUAAUGUUACACCUAUUGAUUACGUACCAUUUCGAAGAACAUUUGAUACCCUAUUCGUAACCGAUCACCGAAACAUCAAUGAGAUGCCGGAUAGCUACAAGAACAUAAUUCCUUCCUAUCUGCAAGGUGGUUAUGUGAUAAUAACUCAAAAGCACAACACCAUACCGACUUUCAGCCAAGUAGCUGCUGAUUUCUUCACUCAUCAAAAUAUAAUAAUGCUGUCUGUUAUUUUGGUAUUUACGUUUGGUAUGAUUCUGCUAAACCACAAGUACCAUUUCGGUGCAGCUGUCUUAGAUCUCUUGGCUCUGAUAUUAAACAUGGGGACGAUGACCCACAUCGACAAGUUGACGAUGCGCAUCACUUUCCUAAGCGCGACCCUGUUUAUUUUUAUUUUCAACCCAGCGCUCCAGGGGCAGCUAGCUUCUAUUUUAUCUCGUCCAGGCCAUAAAAAUAUUGAAACCCUUAAGGACUUGAGGGAAAACAAUUACCACAUUUAUUUUCUUUAUUCAUCGGAGAUCGACCGUGAAUUGAGGAGCACUAAUUUAUGGGAUGACAAGUCUUUUGAAAAAUAUGUGCAUCACUUAAGUAUGGUUUAUGAUUCUUCUUGUCUAGAAAACGUUGGGAAAAAUGCUUCCAUUGCUUGUAUUAUUGAUUAUAGUGAACUUGAACACAUUGAUUUUGACGCUCACAUUUCUUCAAAAGCGUUUGCUCAUAAAUUAAACGUGUUUAUGACUGACAGAAAUUGGGCGUUUAAUAAAAGAGUUACUAAGAUAUCCCUAAAAUUGAUGGAAACUGGCUUUUUAAAUUAUUUUGAAAAACGCGAACUUUAUAAAACUUUGAUGAACAAGAGAAAAAUUAUUGAAAGACUUAAGAAGCUGACAGAUUAUAAUCAAUUGGAUCUUGAAGAUUCUGCUUUGGCUUAUAUUGCGAUUGCGCUGUCUACAGUUUGGGCCCUCAUCGUUUUCGGUACUGAAUUUAUCAUUAGAAGGGUCGAAGUGCAUUCUUAUAAACGUUCGCAAGAGCUCGAGCUGAAGAAGUCGAUAAUCAGAGAGAGAAUUGCGACUACUGUUAGCAGAAUAACUUAUCUUGAUCAACAAGUCUAAUUUUCUGCAAACUAUCGCGUGAGCUGGUGUGCCCACAUUUAUUUUUAUUGAUUGACGUGCUGUGUAGUUUUUAGUUUAUUCCAAUCUCUAAUUCCAUUGUCGAUACUUUUUUAAUCUAUUAUGAAAAAAUGAAAUUUUCUUGUCAGCAAAUAAAAAUUAAUUCAAUUUUCAGUCCUCGACAGGAAAAUUUAUUAAGUCACCCCACUUG